UUGACAGAGAUUGACACGAGUUGACCCAGUGCAAAAACCUGAAUACGAGAAAGCUGAUUUUUGGCGAAAGCUAACACAUCUUGUGGAGAACAAACUUUACUUUGGUGGAUUACUUCUGACAAGUGGAUAAUUUAUUUUAUCACUUUAAGAAAAACAUCUGGAGAGAUGGCUCUUCGUUGGACGACAUCGCCGGCCCGUGAGGACCACCUGCUGACCGGAGCUGACCUUUCUGACAUCCACGACGAAAGCAGCUCCCUCCACGCAGACGACCUCCCUGGACGUGCCGAGGAUCUCCUGCAGCGGAUCAGAGCCCUCAACACUGACCUCCCCGUCUUCAGCUCUGAGGACGAGGGAGAUAAGGUAAGUGAACAUGAAGCCUUCUACCAGCUCCUUUCUGAUGAUGAAGAUGAGGACGAGGAGGAUGAGGUAAGUGAAGGUGAGGUCAUCUUCCAGCUCCUUUCUGACGAUGAGGACGACGAUGUUUUUGAGGUAAGUGAACUUGAGGCCUUCUACCAGCUCCUUUCUGACGAUGAAGAUGAGGACGAUGAGGAUGAGGUAAGUGAAGGUGAGGUCAUCUUCCAGCUCCUUUCUGACGAUGAGGACGAUGACGUGUUUGAGGUAAGUGAACUUGAGGCCUUCUACCAGCUCCUUUCUGACGAUGAAGAUGAGGAUGAGGAUGAGGUAAGUGAAGGUGAGGUCAUCUUCCAGCUCCUUUCUGACGAUGAGGACGAUGACGUGUUUGAGGUAAGUGAACUUGAGGCCUUCUACCAGCUCCUUUCUGACGAUGAAGAUGAGGAUGAGGAUGAGGUAAGUGAAGGUGAGGUCAUCUUCCAGCUCCUUUCUGACGAUGAGGACGACGACGUGUUUGAGGUAAGUGAACAUGAAGCCUUCUACCAGCUCCUUUCUGAUGAUGAAGAUGAGGACGAGGAGGAUGAGGUAAGUGAAGGUGAGGUCAUCUUCCAGCUCCUUUCUGACGAUGAGGACGACGAUGUUUUUGAGGUAAGUGAACUUGAGGCCUUCUACCAGCUCCUUUCUGACGAUGAAGAUGAGGACGAUGAGGAUGAGGUAAGUGAAGGUGAGGUCAUCUUCCAGCUCCUUUCUGACGAUGAGGACGAUGACGUGUUUGAGGUAAGUGAACUUGAGGCCUUCUACCAGCUCCUUUCUGACGAUGAAGAUGAGGACGAUGAGGAUGAGGUAAGUGAAGGUGAGGUCAUCUUCCAGCUCCUUUCUGACGAUGAGGACGACGACGUGUUUGAGGUAAGUGAACUUGAGGCCUUCUACCAGCUCCUUUCUGACGAUGAAGAUGAGGACGAUGAGGAUGAGGUAAGUGAAGGUGAGGUCAUCUUCCAGCUCCUUUCUGACGAUGAGGACGAUGACGUGUUUGAGGUAAGUGAACUUGAGGCCUUCUACCAGCUCCUUUCUGACGAUGAAGAUGAGGAUGAGGAUGAGGUAAGUGAAGGUGAGGUCAUCUUCCAGCUCCUUUCUGACGAUGAGGACGACGACGUGUUUGAGGUAAGUGAACUUGAGGCCUUCUACCAGCUCCUUUCUGACGAUGAAGAUGAGGACGAUGAGGAUGAGGUAAGUGAAGGUGAGGUCAUCUUCCAGCUCCUUUCUGACGAUGAGGACGAUGACGUGUUUGAGGUAAGUGAACUUGAGGCCUUCUACCAGCUCCUUUCUGACGAUGAAGAUGAGGACGAUGAGGAUGAGGUAAGUGAAGGUGAGGUCAUCUUCCAGCUCCUUUCUGACGAUGAGGACGACGACGUGUUUGAGGUAAGUGAACUUGAGGCCUUCUACCAGCUCCUUUCUGACGAUGAAGAUGAGGACGAUGAGGAUGAGGUAAGUGAAGGUGAGGUCAUCUUCCAGCUCCUUUCUGACGAUGAGGACGACGACGUGUUUGAGGUAAGUGAACUUGAGGCCUUCUACCAGCUCCUUUCUGACGAUGAAGAUGAGGACGAUGAGGACGAGGUAAGUGAAGGUGAGGUCAUCUUCCAGCUCCUUUCUGACGAUGAGGACGAUGACGUGUUUGAGGUAAGUGAACUUGAGGCCUUCUACCAGCUCCUUUCUGACGAUGAAGAUGAGGACGAUGACGAUGACGUGUUUGAGGUAAGUGAACUUGAGGCCUUCUACCAGCUUCUUUCUGACGAUGAAGAUGAGGAUGAGGACGAGGAACUUGAGGCCUUCUGCCAGCUCCUUUCUGACGAUGAAGACGAGGACGAUGAGGUCACCUCGCUCUUCUCUGAUGAGGAAGAUGAGGUAAGUGAGGGUGAAAUCAGUCUUUCACUCCUCUCUCAUGAUGAAGAUGAGGUAAGUGAGGGUAAGAACUCUUUCCCACUCCUCGAGGUAAGUCUGCUUCUCUCGGACGAUGACUUGGACCAGAGUCUUCACCUGUCAGACUCCGACUACGACAGCCUGUCUGACUCGGAAGAGGACUCUGGAAGAUGUCUGGCCUCCCUCUAAUCUCAUCCAGCAGUUCCCACCACAACCCGCCUGUCCUCCUUUGGUUCCUGUCCCUCCUUUUGGGAUUUGGUUUAUGUUCCUCAGAGACUGAUUAUCAGGAUCCUGCAGGAUCCUGUUAGCAUGAGCAGCCUGUGGAACAGCACCAGGACCUACAACAGUGUCUGCAGCUCUCUCUUUAUUUCACAAGAGGAGAUGUGAACUAAAAGUCCUCAAUGAGUAGCAGACAAAGAAGCCAGGUGUAAGUAAGAAAAGGAUAAUAACAAAUAUGUCAAAAGAGGAUGUAACCCUUGGAGAUCCAGGUCCAUCAACUCCUUGACUCGGCUCUUCUGCAAAGAACCUGCAAGAAAGUUACCACCAUGAGACAGAGAAAGCCUUAUGAUCAUCCUUUCCUAAUAUUUAUUUUAACUUAUUUAAAAGGUCAAAUUUGGUGACAUUUGUUUCCUAAAAAGUUGAAUGUAGAUGUUUAGUUAUGAAAACACUAACAAAGCUUCUGCAAGUCUUUUUAUCUCUCCUUUAGGGAUUCUGCAGAGGAUGACACCCGCCGGAGAAACCUGAUUCAGAGAAGUGCUGCUUCGUAUUCGACACCAACAAGAAAAAGGACUCUUCUGGUGUUGUUUCGAACAUUCCUGUGACGUCUUAAAGAGUGGAUGUGGACACAUCCUCUGUAUCCUCUACUUGAAGAGCAUCGAGCGGUUUCUAUGACAACAAGCAAAGGAGUUCCUCCUGCCCUCCAGAUGAGAAGGAUGGUCGACCGCAAGACAAACUGGAGGAUGAUGGGCGACUUUUCAUCAAACAACAAGGACUCUUCUGGUGUCUUCGGCUCUCGUGUGACUCCUGAGAGAGGAAGUGGACCAGACGAGCACAGCAGCAAUCCUUCACUUCCUGGGACACGUGUUUUAUUUUAUUUUUAAGAUCUGAAAUCAAAAUGUAAAUACUGUACCUAGACAGAGAAGAUAUAACAAGAUCUAAAUCAAUUUACUAAAUAUGAAGAAAUACUAGAGUUAGUAAAAUAAAAGUUGUGUAAAUAGAAGAAAAAAAACUAAAUUAAAUCUAAAAUAAUACUAAAACUUGAUGUGAUAAAGAUUCAACAUGAAUGAAUUUAAAAGGAGUGGUAAAAGUAAAAGAAGUUAAAUGAUAAAAAGGAUUAAAGAAGUCUUUGCUUCAAAGCGGUCGCUCGCGGCUACAAGUUAAAGCAUAAAGUAAAAUAAUGAAACAAAAUAAGGAAAUAAGUCAGCAAGGAAGUCAAUUAAGAUUAUUUAAUAAACUUAUUUUUUAUUUCAGUAGACUAAUAAAAAUAGUUUUUAGUAAAGUUCAGAAACAUUUAUCUUCAUUGCAAUAUGAAAACAAAUUCAGGUUUUUAUUCUCCCAGUGAAAUCUUUACAUUAGUACAGAAACAUGUGAUAGAUUUACUAAAUAAUAAUAAUAAUAAUUAAUACCUUAAUAAUUUUAUAAAUUAGGAGAAUUAGAAUUAUGAUGAAAAUAAUGAUAGUAACAGGACUAGAUAAUAAUAAAUGUUUUUGUUGAAAUAAUAAUAGGUGAUAAUUUGAAAAUACAUAUUUAUAUCUGUUUUAUUAAUGACUGGUUUCAUGAUUUAAGAAAACAUCAGACAUGAUUAUUUGGAUUGAGCUUCCUCUCAGAUUGUGUUUUUAGUUUAUUAUAGAAUAUUUAAAUGUUUGUGCUCUUGUAUAUUUCUGUAACGUAGACAGGAGAUAAUGUCAGCAAAACAUCUAAACCAAAUAAAUAUGUUUAAUUCACUAAAAAA